AUGAUUUCCGACGACGACUUGAACACAGUCGUGUUGACCUUCGGGUUCUUAUCCGUGGGCUUGAUUAUGGUAUACCAGGCCAUUUCUGUCAACAACAAAAACCACGAUUAA